AUGAGUAGAUCAAGAAGUUUACUUUAAAUACUUUCUGAUCCUCAAUUAAUUGAUAAACCAAAGAAGACAAAACAACAAAGGGAUAACAGGUCUUCAGAAAAGUAAAUUAAAAAAAGUAAUGCUAAUAAUAUGAAGUAAGAUGAUAAGAAGGAGUUAGAUUUAUCUAUCCUAAGUUCUUAGGAGGCUAAAUAAAUUUAGUAAAUGAGAAAAAAUCAGUAGCAAUUAAAUAAAAAUAUGAGUGAGUAUGAAUAGCUCCAAUUGAUAAAGCUCUAAAAAUAAAUACUUUCUUAUGGAAAUGAGCAUAUUUAAAAUAGCCCCUAAGAAAAGAUCAAUUAUAGUCUCAUUGAAGAACAACCUUCGUUUCAAACAUAAAAAAAUGAUGUUAAUAUUUAAGCUAAAUCAAAUAAAUUAUAUGUAUAUCCUAAAGACUAACACCCAUUAGCUUAAGUAGACAAAACAGAUUAAUCAGACAAAACCAUGCAAUUAAAAUUUAAAACUGAUUAAGAAAAGAAAGAGCGAUAAUUUAGGUCUGUAACUGAAUAUAAUGAGAGAGAAAACCCAUGGCCAGGCAAGUUUCCAUUAUACAGUAAAAAUAUAGAUAAAAUAAAUUUGAGUUGCUUGUAUUUAAAGUUUAAGUAAGAUUUAAUAAACAAAAAGGAUGAAUUUAUUACUUUAAUAAAUAAUAACAAAACUCUAGCUUCUCCUGAAAAGGCAUUGAGCUAACUGCCUCAGCCUUCUUAAUUAGCUUUAUUAAAUUCAUAAAAAAGGGCCUCAACUAGUCAAGACCUUCCUCCUAUAAAAAAAUAAAUUAAUGAUCCAUUUAAUACAGUUGCUUAAUUCAAUCCUAGUUCUAGAAAAAUAGGUUUGGCGGAAUUUUAAACAGAUUUUAGCUGUUAAUAGAAUAUUUAAUAGCAGAGAGCUUAAAAUCUGUAAAGAAAUUUAUAUAAUUAACUCAUUUAACAAAAGUUAAAGCUUAGCUCUGAAAAAAUCGCAACAAAUAAAAAAGAUGAUUAAAAUAAAGAAUAAAAUAAAAAAAAGUUGUAGUUGGAAGAAACAAAGGCUAAGUUAUAAAUUUAUAACUUACUUCCUUAGCUGCUGAAAUCUAAACAAUAGGAAAUACAAGAAGCUAAGAAUAAUUACUAGGAAGAUUUAAGAUAAAGCUUAUCUCCAUAAUAGGAAGAGAGAAUUCAAAAAAUAAAUAAAAUAAUGUCUAUGAAAAUAAAGAAAAACAGAAACUUAAAAUAGAGCUAAUCUUUAUAGCAUUUAGAUUAAAAUAAAAAUGUUAUUUAUCACAUCGGGAAUCAAUUAAAAGAUAUAGAUAAAUCAAAAAAUAUAGGCUAAUAUAUUGAUUAACUGAAGAUAUUGAAUGAAAACAUUAAGAAAGAGCUAUAACAAUAGCUUAAAUUAAACCAGCCAUCUCUUAAAAGUAAAUAAAAAAAUGGAAAAAGCAAUGAAAAUAUUGUUAAAUAUUUAAAUAAAUCUGAUUAUCCUUUUUAUAAUUUAAGCUACUUUAAAAUAGACCAGUUUACUAACUAAUUAUAAAAGAUACAUAAAAAUCCACAAUAAACUCUACACCAAGAGUUAGAUUAAAAUCUAUAACCUUUCAGUUCUCUUGAAAGCUCUCAUCUUCCAUCAAUAAUAAAGUAGUAUAAUAAUUAUCAAAUGAGAGACUAAUAACAAUCUAAUAGCAAUCAAAAACUUUUAUAAACUUAAAAUUUAACCUUAACUUAGUAAAAUAGUUUAAAUAAUUUGGCAUCACAAUAAAAAGAAAGAGGCAGAUAAGCAUUGUAUCAUAAAUUAAGAAGCAAUGAAUAAUAAGUCGAUUUUAAUUAAAAAACUUAGCAAACAUAAUAAAAUUCUAGCAAACAGCCUUUGGUCCCUAUGAUUAAUAAUGACUCACAUCAAAUUAUAAAUCAAAACAGUUUUUCUAAAAAAAAUAUUUAACACUAUUCUUAUAUGAAUUAAGAUUAACCAUUGAAAUAUGGAUUUAAUUUAAAUGAUGAAUAAAUUUAUUCAUAAGAGAGUAGAAAAUACUAAAAUGAUUUAAAAUAAAUAAAAUAAAAGCAAUUGUCAAAGUAAAAACUAAAUAGCUCUUCUGGAGCUUUGAAUUAACUUGAUGAUACUAAUGGUAAUAUUGAAUAUAAUAUUGCUAAUAAAAGAUGCUUAACAGAGUAGUCUAAUUUAGAAGAUAACAAAUUGUUAGAAGAUUUUAGUUGUAAUUAAUUAGAUUCAACUAUCUAUAAAUAAAAUGAAAGAGAUCUGAACUAAAGUCAAGAAAGCAACAUGAGUUAAUUAGAUUUAUUUAAUCAUAAAAAACCCUAAUAAAAUAAAGCACAACUUUAUGAAUACUUCUCAUAAACUAAGAAACAAAUUAGAUUUGCUACAGACACAGAUCAAGUAAUUGAAGAAGAAGAUUUGAGUUUUGAUUAGCUUAAAAGCAAAAAAUUUAACGGUGAAUUUAAUGAUUAACUUUAUUAAGAUCAAUUUGUUAAAAAUUUUUUUUAAAAGAGCUCUAGAAACACUGUAAAUAAUUCAAUUUUAAGUGACAAAAGCUUUCACUUAAUAUGA